UACAAUUUAAGAAACAUGAGCAUUAUCUCAAUGAAUAGGUUUCUUUUAUUUACUUUAACCACAUGCUUCCUUCUAGCACCCAAAAUCAUUUGCCUUGAUGAAUCGGUAAUGACCAGUUUGCAGAACAGAGAAGAGUACAGUGAUAGAUAUUCAGAGUCUAAUGAAGACAUUAUAGAAGAAAAGCCAAGACAUCUGAAUCUUGAUGAGCUGAAGGACUGGGGAUUAAAGAACAUUGUGAAGAUGAGUGUACCUACUUUGAACAAGAUGCCAAAUUCAGUUGCAAAUUUGCCUCUGAGGUUUGGUAGAAAUUUUCAGGAAGAAAGAAGCAUCAAGCCAGCAGCCAACCUGCCUCUCAGGUUUGGCAGGGCAUUUGAAGACAUCCUUUCAAGCCGUACCCUUCCUUUCACCCACAGGUUUGAAAGAGCUCCUUUUGUUCAAAGCCCCAUUCAUUCUCUUGCCAACUUGCCACAAAGGUUUGGAAGAUCACUUUUCUUCAUCCUACCUCAAGAGACCCAACCGUCUGAUCAAAACACUAUCAAGUAAAACACUUCAAAACAUGUCUGAUCUGUAUAGUGCUUAAUUCAAUGACAUGCUUUAUUUAUUGCUCAUAAAGCAACUUAUAAGGAUAUCAUUGUAAAAUGUGUUUGUGAUAGUUGCCAUCUAGUGGCCAAAUAGUAGAUACUUUUGUAUAUCAAUUAGACUAGGCAUCCUCCUGUAAAAGGCGGGGCUUGUGUAGCAGUUUUCUAAGAUGGAUGCUUGUCUAUGUUCUCUACUGUACGUUACUCAAAUAAAACU